UGAGCUAUACAUGGUGACUUUAUCUUGGUUUACUGGUGUUUUAGGCCUGGUUUAAGGGGGGAAAUAAUGGUUUAAAUAAGGAGUUAGUGGUCGUUACAUAUACCCAAGUGUUGUGUUCUUGCCAAUUUUCGAGUCUUGUGGUUUAGAAACGUGCGUCUGUCCUGCAGUGUUCAGUUCAGCUUGGUGGUGUGGAGUGCCUGUGCCUCUGUGUGUGUCUUGAAGUGUUGAAAGAAGGAAACUUUAACUAGUGAGACAGCAGAGAUAAACUAAGAGUAGACCGAAGUGUUAAAAGAAACGAAAAUUAGACAGGAGGAAAGUAAGAGUACCGGAAUUGAGAGGACGGACAAUUAUAUUAGCUAUCAUCAUCCAGGAGGUUUUGCUCGACUCCAGGCAUGGCGAGUGUCUUCCUGAGAGGCGGGCGUGAGUGCCUGCGCAGGUGUGUGGGGACGCGCCAGAGCCAUGCCCAGGCCAAGUGCCGGGACAUCCUGGAGGGGGAGCUGGAGGGCAUCAGGGAGGCUGGCACAUGGAAGAGUGAGCGCGUCAUCACCAGCAAGCAGGCCGUCACCAUCCGCGUGGAGGGGCAGCAGGCCGGCAUCCUCAACUUCUGCGCCAACAACUACCUUGGCCUCUCUAGUCAUCCGGAAGUGGUGCAGGCCGGGAAGGAUGCCUUGGACAAGUAUGGUGCAGGACUGUCCUCGGUGCGCUUCAUCUGUGGCACCCAGAGCAUCCAUAAGGAACUCGAAGAAAAGAUCGCAAAAUUCCAUGGCCGUGAAGAUGCCAUACUGUACGCCUCAUGUUUUGAUGCCAAUGCCGGGCUCUUUGAAAUCCUGCUGACGCCUCAAGAUGCUGUCCUCUCAGAUGAGUUGAACCAUGCCUCAAUCAUUGAUGGCAUUCGUCUUUGCAAGGCUCGCAAAUCCAGGUACCAGCACAAAAACAUGCAAGACCUGGAGGCCAAGCUGCAGGAGGCUCAGGAUGCCCGGAUGAGGCUCAUAGUGACAGACGGAGUGUUCAGCAUGGAUGGCAACGUGGCCCCCUUGCCGGAGAUCUGUGCCCUGGCGGAGAAGUACAACGCCAUGGUCUUUAUUGACGAGUGCCAUGCUACAGGCUUCUUCGGUAAAACUGGAAGGGGAAUAGAGGAGCACUUUGGUCUCCCGACUGGACAAGUGGACAUCAUCAACAGCACCUUGGGCAAGGCAUUGGGUGGGGCAGCAGGGGGCUACACCACAGGGCCCCAGGAGCUGGUCACUCUUCUGAGGCAGCGAGCAAGACCUUACCUUUUCUCCAACUCCCUGCCACCUCCUGUUGUUGCCUGUGCCAGUAAGGUCUUUGAUCUACUUCUUGAAAGUUCUGGUUUUGCUGAAAAGGUACAAGCAAACACUGACAGGUUCAGGUCCCAGAUGACAGAUGCCGGGUUCACUAUUGCUGGAGAAAACCACCCCAUCUGUCCCGUCAUGCUGGGGGAUGCUCGCCUUGCAUCCACCUUUGCUGAUCAUAUGUUGGAAAGAGGUAUCUUUGUCAUAGGCUUCAGUUUCCCGGUGGUCCCCAAAGGCAAGGCAAGAAUAAGAGUACAAAUUUCUGCUUCUCACACCUUUGAAGACAUUGACCGGACAGUUGAGGCGUUCAAGCAAGUCGGCAAGAGUCUGGGUGUCAUCAGUUAAGUCACAGACAAUGAGUAAUGUUCAGUAAUGCCUCUUACUCAUAUGACUGGGACUACACUUCUGUCUGUGUGUGCCAGACAUUAACUUGUUACAGUAAUUUCUAAAGGAAGUUUUAUUUACCAGUCCGUGCAGACACCAAACAUCAGCAAUACAUGAGGUUUUCAAUACAAGCAGCAUAGGCUACAUUUAGUUAAAGAUUGCAUGGUAUGCUGCCUACUCAAAAUAAUGGUGAUGAAGGUCAGACUGUCACAUGAAAUCAAUACCAAAAUUUCAUUAUGUAUUAAAUCCAUACUAAAACUUCACUGAGAUAUUCCACAAGUCCAAUCAGUAUUAGCACAAGAGGAAAAUAAGAGGCAUUACAUAUCCUGAUUUAUGAUUCGCUCAUUUUUCUGACAUGCUUACUAGUGUGGUCACCUGGCCUAUGUGUUGAGGCUCCAUCAACUGUGUGGUGCUUCAGGUCACAGCUCGUACUAGUAUUAAAGGAUAAACACUGAUUUUAUAAUGAUAAAAUGAAAUGAAAGGCUGUGUUAAAUACUGUGAGAAGCUGAUGCCUCUGUAGAUUCUGUAUAAUGAUUUCUGGUAUUUGUGAUCAUUUGAGCACAGCUUCCCAGGUGUAGUUGUAAGAGUUCUGGUUCAUCAUCAGUCUCAAGGUACAUUUCGGCCACUCCACUUGAUGCUGGUAAACAAAGUAAGAAUGAAAUAGAGAAUUUAUUGCAUGGUCAGAUCAAUCAAAAGGCAAUGAGACUCUAGGCAAGUGAUUAAGAAACCAGAGAAGUAGCUUUCCUUGUUUACUAAACUCCACCUUUGUGGGAAACGGUCGGGAUCAAACGAAAUGAUACAACCAUCACUCUGUAAUAGCUUUAUGUAACUUGGUGUGUACAUGAAUCUUUAACAUAAAUGCCAGUUUCAUGUGCUGUUUAUAAGAAUCAAAUGGAGUGGCCUUUCCUGGAAGCAUAUUUCUCACCAUUGUGGAGUAUAAGCACUACCCCACUCUAGGUUUAGGCCCAUGUCAACCACUACAACUGCUUACUUGUUCUAAAUGGUAACAUUGUGAAUCUAGCAUUGAUUGGUUUGGAAUGUGCAUUUGCAUUCAUUAUUUAGUGAGUAGCAUCCUCAUGCUACAGUUGGUAAUCUCUUGAAACUGUUUUAUAUAGUGGAAGGGUUCAGGCAAUGUAGAGACAGCCUCAUGAGAGUCUUCACUUAUGCAGCAUUUACAAAAAACCAUUCAUGGAUGGUGUGGUGCUAUGCUUAUAAACAUAGAGGAAUUACAUUAAAUUAAAUGUGAUGCAGUUGGGGACAGAAUUGAAGUCGCAGAUUAUGGUAUUUUUUGCACUCAAACAGUAAAUUUGUCAAAUAGCUACUCAGAACAUUUGUCCCAAACUGUAAUUUCUUAAGGACUGUAGAUAAAAUAGUAUUCAUUGGUUUUGCAUAUGCUGAUUGAGCCAGUUACAGAUUGAAACUGAGAAAAAAAUCUGGAAAAUUCCAAAAAUAAAACUUUAAUUUGCCAUGACCCGAGCACUUCGCUGAAUACUGCAGUGACUCUGGACUUCACAUCUCUUGUUGCAGUGUAUGUUCAUACCAAGAUGUGUGAAACUAAAGAGAAGGUAUUAUACACCAAACUCCACUCUGUAUUAGACCAGUGCCCCCAUGAUCUGUGGGUUGCAUUUGGUCUUCACUGAAGUAUGGCAAUCUGGUACCAUACCUCGUGACUGGAAGAGGGGGCAGGUCAUCCUUAUCUGUAAAGUGAAAAGGGACAAUUGGGGGCUGGGUUUAUCAAACCAUUCAAGACAUCUCUCUUUGGUAAGUCCUCUGGUUACUCGGUCCACUGUGAAUGCUCUUGAUCUUUAGGCAGCUCUGAUGGCAAUGAAAGAACUGAUGGCCUGCCUGACUAUCAGUUUUCUCUACACCAUUGGAGCCACCUAAACACAAGGAGCUUUUGUAGUGGGCAGGGUUACCAAGAGACUUAACAGUGAGAGGUCUCUUGAAGUUUGAUGAAUCUGACCCCCAAUGCUUUACAGAUAGGGACUGCAAUAACUAGCGAGGUAUUAAACUGCUCAGUGUGCAAGGCAAGGUGUUUGCCCAUGUAUUAGUAACUAACAGCGAACAUACGCCAGGGGUUGUGUCGCUUCACUCACAUACUUCAAUAUCUAGCUAAUUAUAGGUGUGUGUGUGUGUGUGUGUGACUAGUAUAUAUAUAUAUAUAUAUAUAUAUAUAUAUAUAUAUAUAUACAUAUAUAUAUAUAUAUAUAUAUAUAUAUAUAUAUAUAUAUAUAUAUAUAUAUAUAUAUAUAUAUAUAUAUACAUACAUACAUAUACCCGCAUAUACGCGUGCGCAAGCACGGAAAAGUUUCUCAUGUUUUCCAUCCAGGAUGGAAAACAAAAUUUUAUUCUCAAAUACUUCCCAACUGUUUCUCAGGACCACCCACACCAGGAAAGUUUGUAAUGGAAACUCCCUCUGUAAUGCUCAUAUUUCUAUAAACGAUCUCACCCAUACGCGUUUCCUUGUUUUCUUCUUGCUCUCCCAAGGGUAUUCAAAUGUAUUCUAGUGGUUUACCGAAACAGUUGGGAAACGUCUGAGAUACAUUGUUGUCAUACAAAGAUUCCUGGUGUGGACGUGCCUUAAGAGACAACUUCAAGUGGAGGAGGACAAGGAGAUGCUAAAAGACAUGUUCUAGUUCCCUCACAGAGAUUCCAAUGAGAAAGGUAUGCAAAACUACACUCUACAAGCAGCAGUGAAAAUUGGGGUCUGUAGCAGUAAUGUUUCAAUAAAAAACUGAAUAUUUUAAUAAAAA